AUGGAAAAUUCAUUUGAUCAUCAAGCCAGCGUAUUUUUAGACACAGUAAAUCGUAAUAGAAGUACUGCUCCUUUAAGAUCAACUAACAUUGAAGAUCCAUCAUUGACAACCGUUUUCGACCCAAUCUUUAACAGAAUUAAUUCGAUUGAAGAACGUUUAAACGCAUCAGAUUCAAUAUUUAGACUAGCAGCCCAAUCAAAUACAAUCAAAGAUAAAGAAAGAAGAGAGCAAAUUAGAAAUGUUUCUCAAUAUGCAAACAAAUUAAAUCAAAGAAUAGACGCUAUUGAAAAUCAACUUAACAGUAUCCAAGACAUGGUCACAAAGACUGUGGUUGAAGAAUAUUCUAAGAAUGAUAAAACAUCUACUAUUAAAGCACUCAUUGAAGAGUCAAAAUCGAAAUUUACAGAUAGGUUUUCUAAACUCGAAACUUUAAUUUCAGAAAGUAACAAGAAAAAUACAAAAGCAAUCAAAAAGCUUAAAACUCAGUUGCAGAUCAUCCAAAAUACUCCUCAAGAUGAAACUCAAGUUGAAGAGAUACGAUCCCAAAUUGCUGAGAUGAAGAGAUAUCAAGAUAAUGUAAUGUCAUUAAUGAGAACAGCAAUGCAGCAAAGCGAGCAUGAUUAUGGACAAGUAGCAAGCGAGUUAAAUGGUGUUUGGUCCCAAAUUUCAACGAAAAGAGAUUAG